GUUAUGACGUCCAAAGUGAUUGUGUGUCUACUCUUGGUCAUUCUCACCUUAAAUAACACCGAAGCUUCCCUGCGGAUAACGUCACCUGGAGACUGGGUGUUCAUCAACACCUCCCUGUACGGCGUCGACAUCAGGUCUUGCACGACGAUGCCACUACAGAUCAAGGCCUGUGACCAGGCACACGUGUGGUUUGGGGACGGCACUCCCACCAACUCCUAUGAGAUUGGUACCUGGAAGAGGGCAGAGACCGGGUUCAGACAGUGUAGUGAAUGUUACAGCACUGAGAAAUUCUACUCAAACCCGCGAGGCAUACACUGCGAUGAAUUCAGGUGGUUCUGGUUCCGAUGGGGUGAAGGUCGUCUGGAGUUUGGCGAAGGUCGCAUUGCUGGCUUGCAGCUUGUGUUUGAUGAACCAAUCAACAGACCCAUUGAAGAGUUCAGGGUGUCAUCAUAUUAUUACACGGUCGAGUACAUUCUGGGUGAAGGCUAUGAGUCCCAAUAUGGUGUAGCCAGCCUGAGUGGGAGAUACUCCGACGGGCUGCUGUACGAGUGCAAGGCCUGGAGUGGUGUACACUGUGCCACGCAGUGUCAGGCACACGGAAACUGUCACAUGUACAGCUACCAGAAACACCAGGCUAUCUGCGCCCUCUACAAUAGAGAUAUGUCAUCAUUCACUUUGACGUCCGAAACUGGAUGGGUUUCGUACCAACUUCGUUAUUGUGAUUAAAUCCUUAGUUUCUGAAUGGGGAACACGUUA